AUGGAAGGCCAGCCCAAGGUCAACCGUCCACCAAGUGGUAUUCCACGACCAGCUUCCAGAUUGCCCCUACCAACUUCCACAGCAUCGAAAUCUGUCCGCCCAUCUCCAUCCCGAGACCGAUUACGAGCUGAUCCUGGCCUGGACGACCGGCGUCUGCGAAGACCAUCCUACGAAUCCUUGCUCAAGAAGCCCACUACGCGCUAUUCGCCUGCAAAGCCCCGAGCCGAAGUUCUCCCAAGCCAAGAGGAACAACCCGGUGAAGAUGGAGCCAAUACACCGGAUGAAGCGGGUUCCAUGAUCGGAGAUGAUGAGAGUGUAUCGGGCGAAAUCCGGGGCCGUACACGCCCCUCCCUAUCAGAGCGGACAAUCGAGACUUUGGCCCAUAUUCCGCCAUCUCCAGCCUCUGUGCAAAGGCAAUCCAGUUUUUUCAAUGGAGCUAGCCCAAUUCGCUCGCCUUCUCGAACUCCGUCCAAUGUGUCCAGUUAUUCACGGUCCCCAUCACGAUCGUCAUCUCAUCAGACCAACAGCAGUGACUUGUUAUCUCAACCCGUGUCUAAACUGCGACUUCCAUCUCGACCUCGUAUGUCUUUGGCCUCGGCUUCUGAAUUGUCAACAACAGUUGUUGAGGCUCUUCAGAGCCCUUCAAAGUUGAAACAACCGUCCAAAAGGAGAAGUCUUGCAGCCUUGAGUACAGCUUCCGGAAAUAGUGCGCCACCAAAGAAAAGUAUCGCGCCGCCAAAAACAUCGAUUGUGCGCCCUACUCCAAGCACGGCUUCAAAGCCCUCGAACUCAAAUAUGGGCCCCCCGGAACGGCCUCUCCAAGUUCGAAAGACGCGGAAGCCCCAGACAGACUCCCCUUCAUCACUGAGAUCUCCAUCGACUGCUUCACGAUAUGUAUCUGCUGCGUCCUCUUUGCAGGAUGACUUAACCCCAGAACAGCAAGCGGAAAGUGAAUCAAGAAAGGCCUCGAAGUCAUCGAGUGCUUUACGUGAAACCAUCGCAAAGGCCAAGGCAGCUCGGAAGGCAGUCGCAGCAACAGAAAAACCAAAUGAACAUCUCCCACAGGCCAAAGUCGCUGUCCAAACUGCUGUCGAGUCAUGGAGCAAUAUGGAUGAUGACGACCCAUUUAAUCAACUCCCUAAAGGCUCAAGUGAUAUGGUGCUUCGCCAACGGGUGGGAGGGGCACGUUCGUCAGGGACUUUGAACAUCGCAGCGCUGUCUUUGAAAGAGAUUCCUCAGGAGGUGAUUACUAUGUACGAAUUUGAUCCUGAGAGCACAUCCAAUUGGUUUGAGAACGUCGACCUGGUCAAAUUCAUCGCCGCUGAUAAUGAGUUGUCCGAGCUGCCCGACGCAGUUUUCCCUGAUAUCAAUCUCGAGGAUUUUGAUCCGGAAAGUGAUGAACGGGGUCCUCAGUUCGGCGGAAUUGAAGCACUGGAUCUUCAUGGCAAUGUUCUUCACUCUCUUCCAAUUGGGCUUAGGCGACUGAACCAGCUUCGCUCUCUGAACCUAUCAAACAACGCCAUUGGGAUGGAUCAGCUCACCAGAAUCGUAGAGAUUACCUCUCUAGUCGAUUUGAAACUAGCAAGCAACAAGCUGGAAGGUCCAUUGCUUCCAGCUUUGUGCUCUCUUACAAAGUUAGAGUCGUUGGAUCUACGUGGCAACGCUCUAACAGAGCUACCGAGCGAACUGGGCGAACUGAAGUCUCUUAGGGUCUUGGAUGUUGGAGAGAACCAAUUGUCAUCUUUGCCAUUUGAAGCCCUGAGCAAACUUCCCUUGAUUACACUCAAUGCUCCCAAAAAUAAUUUGAACGGCACUCUCAUCCCUGCAUCUGUGGACCGACUCGAGAAGUUGCAGUCUUUGAACAUCGCGCACAAUUCUAUUGAAGUCUUUGCUGCCAACAACAUGUUAUCUCUACCGAGCCUUCACAGUCUAUUCCUCAGUGUUAACCGUGUCACAAGCUUGCCUUGUCUGUCCUCAUGGCAAUCUCUCUUGCUCCUUUCCGCAGACGACAACAGAAUUGCAGAGAUCCCUGCUGGGUUUGUGGAUCUGAAGAAUUUAAAGACUGCCGAUUUCACUGGAAAUAACAUUACACGGCUGGAUGAAAAGCUUGGUUUCAUGGAGAAGCUCUCGACUUUGCGGAUUGCUAACAAUCCACUGCGCGAGCGUAAGCUUCUCACCAUGGAUACAGAGGACAUCAAACUAGACAUGCGUAAUAGAUGCGAGCCCGAUCCUCUAGACACAGAUGAUGAGGGAUCUGUGGCAACCCAGUUCACUCUUGCACCAGAAACUCCAGCACUCGAAAGCGGUUGGAGAAUUAAGCCUGGCGGUGUCCUCGAUCGAUCAUACGCCGAUCUCAGUGAUCUAGACACACACAAGUUGGAAUUGAUCAACGCACAAGAGGUUCGCAAUUUGUAUGCACAGCAUAACGAACUGCGUAUUUUCCCUGUCCCAGCUCUUGCGAUGUUAUCUCAGACUCUCAUCGAGCUUGACCUCUCACACAAUGCUAUGGACAGCUCUGAAUACCUGGCCUCAUCGCUGGAACUGCCUAAACUCCAGACACUCAACAUCAGUGCCACGAGGGUAACUACAUUAGAGCCUCUCUUGGCCAACCUUAAAGCACCUUCACUUACCUUCAUCGAUAUCUCCAACAACCGUCUCACUGGAGCUCUGCCGCAUAUUCGACUGAUUUACCCAGAGGUCAAAACAGUUCUCGCUUCUGACAAUCAGCUUUCGCGAUUGGAAUUUGAAGCAGUGCAAGGUCUUCAAGUCCUUGACGUCAGCAACAACGAUAUUGACUCGCUGCCAUCGAAGAUUGGCUUGCUGGGCGCAGAGCGGUCACCAAAGAAUUGGGGGGUCUGGCUCUGCCCUCAGACGUUUCGAGGUUGCUGGUAA